AGGGGCACGGACCCGCGUGGCUCGGCUCAUAGCACGCAGGUGGGGCCGCCGUGACGGUCCGCAGGAGCCUGGGCACACUGGCCCUCCGUCCUCGCACCCGUCCCCUCUGACUUACGCAGGGGCGCCGAGGCCUGCGACCCUCUCCCGGCUCCGGCGAGAGUAGGAGGCGGAGCCGCAGCUGGAGGGAAGAGCGGCUUGGGCAGAGCCCCGAGGGGCCCAGUCUUCGGCCCGCCCCGAUGCAUCGGGGCGGGGUUUGGGGCAGCCGGAGGCGGGUCCAUGCCAGGUCCGAGUUGGAGGAAGCCGGAAGCCAAGCCCCGCGAGCCACCCUAUCGACCCCUGCCCAGCUCUGGCGCCAGCCGGGCCUGGGGCCUCCUUCCUGUCCGGGCUCCGCGCCCGCGCCCCCGGCUGUGCUCCAGGCGUUGGGCUGCUCCCUGGGGCUGCCAAGGGAGGCGGGCAGUGCACUCAACUGCCUGUGAGUGGUAGUGUUUGGGUCCUGCCCACCCUGAGUGGCCCAGAGCGACCACGGUCAGGCCAUGGGGACCGCACUUGUGUACCACGAGGACAUGACAGCUGCCCGGCUGCUCUGGGAUGACCCCGAGUGCGAGAUCGAGUGCCCGGAGCGCCUGACCACAGCCCUGGAGCGCCUGCAGCAGCGUGGCCUGGAGCAAAGGUGUCUGCGGCUGGCAGCCCGGGAGGCCUCGGAGGCGGAACUGGGCCUGGUGCACAGCCCGGAGUAUGUGGCCCUGUUGCAGGGGACCCAGGCCUUGGGCACCGGGGAGCUCCAGACCCUGUCUGGACAGUACGAUGCCGUCUACUUCCACCCGAGUACCUUCCACUGUGCCCGGCUGGCCGCGGGGGCGGCGCUGCAGCUGGUGGAUGCAGUGCUGGCGGGAGCUGUGCGCAACGGGCUCGCCCUGGUGAGGCCUCCUGGGCACCAUAGCCAGAGGGCUGCCGCCAAUGGAUUCUGCGUGUUCAACAACGUGGCCAUAGCAGCCAAACAUGCCCAGCGGCAGCACGGGCUGCACAGGAUCCUCAUCGUUGACUGGGAUGUCCACCAUGGCCAGGGCAUCCAGUAUAUCUUUGAGGAUGACCCCAGUGUCCUUUAUUUCUCCUGGCACCGCUAUGAGCACGGGCGCUUCUGGCCCUAUCUCCGAGAGUCAGAUGCAGACGCUGUUGGGCAGGGCCCGGGCCUUGGCUUCACUGUCAACCUGCCCUGGAACCAGGUCGGGAUGGGAAAUGCUGACUACGUGGCCGCCUUCCUGCAUGUGCUGCUGCCCGUGGCCUUUGAGUUCAACCCUGAGCUGGUCCUAGUCUCCGCGGGAUUUGACUCGGCCAUCGGGGAUCCCGAGGGGCAGAUGCAGGCCACGCCAGAGUGCUUUGCCCACCUCACGCAGCUGCUGCAGAUGUUGGCUGGUGGCCGGGUCUGCGCUGUGCUGGAGGGUGGCUACCACCUGGAGUCACUCUCGCAGUCCGUGUGCAUGAUGGUGCAAGCGCUGCUGGGCGACCCUGCCCCACCCCUGUCGGGGCCCAUGGUGCCGCAUGCCAGCGCCCUGGAGUCCAUCCAGAGUGUCCAGGUAGCCCAGGCCCCUCACUGGAUGAGCCUCCAGCAGCAAGGUCAGCGUGGCCUGGGUCGGGACGGUGCCUCAGGCUCUCAUGCAGUGGCUGUGACACUGAAUCACCCCCUAGGUGUGGCCCCUGUACUGAGUCCCUGCCCCCGCUCCCCAGAGGGGAGGCCCUCGCCUCUGCUGCUGCCUGGGGGGCCCGAAUUCAAGGCAGCAGCGACCCAGGACGUGGCUGCCCUGAGCUCCCUCCUGGACCAGCUGCGCCUCAAUCCCACGCCCCCUGUACGCACAGCUGUUGCCUUGACUGCGCCAGAUGCUGCCCUGGCCCUGCCCUCUGAUGUCCUCUGUGAGGAGGGGUCAGCCCCACAGGAGGAGACGCAGGCCUGGGCCAGGCCACAUGAGGCCCUGGCCCAGGACAGGGCCCUCACUGCACUCGGGAAGGUCUUGUACCUCUUGGACAGGAUCCUGGAUGGGCAGGUGAGCAGUGGCAUUGCAGUCACCCCAGCCUCUGCUGCAGCUGCCACCCUGGAUGUGGCCAUUCGGUGUGGCCUGUCCCACGGAGCCCAGAGGCUGCUUUGUCUGGCUGUGGGACAGCUGGAUCGGCCCCCAGACCUCACGGAUGAUGGGUAUGACUCUCAGGUCAUGUGUGUGUCCGGUUCUGCAAGUAGGACGAAUCUAUGGCUGAAUAUUGGGGGCAAGGAGGCAGCUGCCCUGUCCAUGUUCCACGUCUCUGUGCCACUGCCAGGGACGACUGGAGGGUUUCUGAGCUGUGUCCUGGCCCUGGUGCUGCCCCUGGCCUACAGCUUCCAGCCUGACCUGGUGCUGGUGGCGCUGGGGCCCGCCCAUGGCCUGCGGGACCCCCAAGCUGCACUCCUGGCUGCGCUGCUUCGGGGCCCAGCAGGGGGCCGAGUCUUGGUCCUUGUGGAUGAGGAAUCCACACCCCAGCUCGCGGUGGUCCUGGCCAGGGUGUUGCACGGAGAGGCAGCCCCUAGCCUGGGUCCCUUCUCCAUGGCCUCCCCAGAGGAAGUGCAGGCCCUGAUGCAGCUGAGAGGGCAGCUGGAGCCACGGUGGAAGAUGCUGCAGGUGGCCAGUGAGGCUGGGGGGCCAGGCUCAGGCUGAAUGCUUGGGGCCUUGGGCGACAGCUGCCUUAGAGCUCUGUGGCGGGACGGGCUCACGUCCUGGGGAGUGGGGUGCUGCCCUGAACCAGCUCAUAGCCGCGUCAAGCAGUUGUGCACCUCUUCCCAGCUCCUCCUUGAGUGCUGUGACCUGGUAGCUUGAAAUCGGCCAGGGUGGGAGUAUUUACACCCCAGAAAAGACACCACCAACUAGUCCCCCAAGAGCCUGUUGUUAACCAUUCACCAGCACACUUCUGCGCGAGGCCUCUUUCCUGAGGGCUAGGCUACGGGGCUGCCCGGGACACUGGUUCAGGGGCCCUGUAUCCCCCGCCCCAGCGCAGACUCCCCCCUCCGGAGACCCGCCUCUGCACGGAUGGCCCCUCCCUCGCUCCCUCCCCGCCCAAUCAGUAAACGUCGGUUAAGCGAAAGUCUG